CCUUCCCUAUCGGCCUCCUCGGUGUCAGGCGGGUUUGUAACGUUAAUUUAACUGACACCGGCGACAACAAACAUUUUAACCCAGGAUUUUUUCCUUUACCUGUGAUAAAAUGACGGAUGUUAUUCCAGACGAAGCUUCUUAUUAACGUAUGUCAAUGUGGACUGACACGGUAAUGUUGCCUCCCUCGGAGAAACUGCCUGUUCUCACGGAGUUUUCGGCAUGUCAGGGGUGAAGACACAUCUGCCACAAGUUUCAUUGUCUGUUUUAAAAGUCAGCAUUUCGUUACCUUGCAGUCAAGAUUUCCCACACAGAUUUUCAAAUGAAAAUGGAGGAUAUGCCCCUGUCAGGCCCAGACAACACCAGGCUGGAGGCCUUGGCCCAUGACAUCUACUCUGAGCUGGUGGAAGAUGCCUGUUUGGGCCUGUGUUUUGAAGUCCAUCGUGCUGUGAAACAGGGCUACUUCUUCUUGGAUGAAACAGACCAAGAGAGCAUGAAGGAGUUCGAAAUCAUAGACCAGCCAGGAGUGGACAUAUUUGGCCAAGUGUACAAUCAGUGGAAAAACAAAGAGUGUGAGUGCCCAAACUGCAAAAGACUGAUAGCAGCUUCUCGCUUUGCCCCGCACUUGGAGAAGUGUCUCGGCAUGGGACGCAACAGCAGUCGCAUUGCCAAUCGCAGGCUAGCCAGCAAUAACAACAUGAGCAAAUCAGAGAGUGAUCAGGAAGACAAUGAUGACCUCAAUGAUAACGACUGGUCCUACGGGGCAGAAAAGAAAGCCAAGAAGAGAAAGUCAGAUAAGAGUCAAAAUUCUCCAAGAAGAUCCAAAUCUUUAAAACACAAAAAUGGUGAACUUGGGAGCAGCAUCAGUUUAGAGCCUUACAAGUAUAACUAUAAUACUGGCAUCAGUUAUGAAAGUUUAGGCCCGGAUGAAGUCAGAUCCCUUUUAACAACGCAAUGUGGGGUGAUCUCUGAGCACACCAAGAAGAUGUGUACCAGGUCUCAGCGAUGUCCCCAGCACACGGACGAACAGAGGAGGGCCGUCAGGGUCUUCCUACUGGGGCCGUCCGCGCCGUCGCUGCUCGAUGCAGACGCUGUGGUUGAGAGCGACAAUUUUGACAUUCCAGAUGGACAGACGCUGAUGAGCCGCCUGCAGUGGGAGGACUCACCUGAUAUUUCACCCACUGACUCUGCCUCAUCCAAAGCCAGCACCAACCAUUCAGAUUCCAGGAGGCCUAAGAAGAAGAAGAGGACGUCUCUCGGUUUGAACAGUGGAGGAGGAGGAAGUGGAGGAGGCAGUCUGACUGGAGGCAGCAGCAGCAGCAGCUCUCAGAGUAAUAUCAGCUUAUCGACCAAAAAAAAGAGGCCUAAACUCUCAGCACUUUCUAUUUCCAGUAUCUAUGAUGACUUAAACUAGCGUGUGUCAGCCCUGUGUGUCAGAGCAGCUCUCACCUCCUCUAUUAAGUCCCUCCGUUCAUACCUGCAUUUACAGGCCUGGACAUGGUGGGACGAAACUUGACUUAGUAGUUCUUACUCAUACAGCCUUGACAAGAAAGUGAAUUAUAUUAACAUUGCUCCUUCUGUAGUGUGAACACAGUGUUUAAAAUGAUGUGGUUCAGAGUCCAGUCAGAGUAUCUGGGGGAACUCAUUGGAAAAAUUGCACCUCAAAGCAGACUUUACCUUCUGCUUAUUCCAGUAAUGUCCGACAGUUUGAUUGACACAGAAAGCUACUGUCACCCUAAGAUAGGAGGCAGUGUCUUGACAGCGUUGCGUCCUCAUGAAGCCUCCAGCAGUGAAUCAGAUAUUGUAUCCAUGUGCCGAUGAAGUCACCUUAGUUGCCGUCAUUGUGUCCAGGCAGGUAUUUCAAUUUACACUGUCACAUUAUACGGCCAAAGGCAUGUGUGCACACGAACAUUACACCCAUCCAGUACGUGAUUGUUGAAUAUGUCAUUCCCAUUUAGCCUUAGUGAGGUUGGCCACAGAUGUUGGGUGAUCAGGUCUGGCCCACAGUCGGUGUUCCAGUUUAUCCCAGAGGUAUUGGAUUGUGUCUAUGGUCUGGCACCUGGCCCCUACCUAUUUUCAAAGCACUGUCCUCACUCAGUGCCAUGCCUAGGCAUGUCUCAAAUAUUACAAAAUAAGAAACUAUAGGCAGCGGGCAGGGUCUGUGCAGAUAAAUGCACCGCCAUAAGUGGGAUUUAUACUUGUGCGGCACACCCUACGCUGUAGCUACGCCGUUGUGGGCAUCUAUACUUGUGCGGUGGUGUGUUUGUGUCACUCUGCAGUUACACCUCCGAAACACUAGUCUGCAGCUGGGUUUCUGUGAAGUGCUGUAAAGUUUAGUUGAUUCGAAACACACAUGAAACAUGGCUUAAUAGAGACAAUUUCAAACACAAGUACGCAAAUCAGCUUCACUAUAACUCGCAGCACUCACAGACAAACACUUGUCUUUAUCUGGACACAUUUUCCCCCCAAAUACAACAUGCUAAUGUUUUUAGCACAAGCCUGUGGAAUUUUACAUUGUAUAAAUUAGCCUAGCUGCUAGCAGACUUUUCCUCUACUCAUAUGAAGCCGAGACAACAGCAACAUUCAACAAAGGUAAUGUUACAAAAUUCAGCUCCAUUACAGCUCACAAAACAACUGUCUUAUACUUAACACAUUUUCCAAACAAAUAUAAGAUGCUAACGUUAUUAGCACAAGCCUAUGGCAUUUAACAUUAUAUAAAUUAGCCUAGCGACGAAGCUCUAAGUUGCAAAGCCUACGCUGUGGAUACAGCGUCAAUUCAGUGCAGACGUAUAAAUUCCACCAUACACUUUAAGUGGGUCACAAACAAUGAUUGAGAGUGAUUACUUUUGUAUGAGUCUCUACAUUCUUUUAGGAAAUCCUGUGCAGUUUAUCUUUAAAAAGACACCACAAAUGUCCAUUUUCACAGCGGCCGUUAUGACAUGACAUAGCAGGGAACUUGUGGGUGUAAUUAAUAUUAUUAAAGGUGCUGCACUCCAUUUAGCUGUCCUAAUUUCAGGGCCCUGCUCAGUGGCAGGGUUUACUGAUGCACUUCAAUGCAGCACAGCUAUCAUUAAGGAAUUAAUUGCACAUGUGCUUUUCCUGCCAUCACAGGACAAAAUGUCUGCUCUAAAAAGGCUCAUUACGAGUCUUUAUUUGUUUAUCCUUUUCUGAAAAUGCAUACUGCUUAUUUAUGAGCUUUUUGUUGCUUGUAGUCGGCUGAGAACUCUUGAAAUUGUCUCUCUGAAACCCUCAGGUACUCUGUCAUUGUUGGUGGUCCUGCGACCUGUCUCUCUUUUGGCUCUGUGUUCAUUUAACUCUAUUUUGAGGAGACAUGCUUUCAGUUCAGCACUUGACACGCGUUUACUGGAGUACUCAUCGGUGGCUUUUUAAUUCUAGCAUUGUAUUGCACAGUUGUGUGUGUGUGUGUGUGUGUGCGCCUUUGUAUGCUGACUUGCUUCAGUGUGAACGUCACUUUUUCGCGUAGUGUGUGUGUGUGGGGUUAGAGGGAAUGUGUGUGAUCUAUUUCUAUUUUCAUAAAACUAUGCAUCAUAGAAUGUGAUUGUGAAAGUAUGUGUGCCAUUUUGAAAUAUUUAACUUCUUUUUGUUUACAUCAACAAUAUAUUAAAGUUUUUAUUUGUCACUGCCUAUAAA